UGGGGGCGGGAACAGGAACAUAGAGCCAGUGCUCUAGUUUUCUCCUUCUCCCAAACAGAUGCUGCUGCUGGGUCAGUGUUAUGCUGCCUAUUGAUAAUAACAGAGUCCUAAAUAGCCACAGCGAGAAGGAAAAGAGGAUAUCCACGUCAACAUUUCUUCUUUUUGACACUACAGGAAACGGACCUAAAUAAUGUGACCAAACCAAGCUUCAACUUUCGAUAAAACGCUGUCCUAUUCCCCUUUGUGCGUCUUUUUUUUAAGGUGCUGAUGUGUCGCUAACCUUUCAAACUGCUCGUGCACUUUGUUUGUGGUCAUCCUCAUCCAUCUGCUCGCGUGGAAGACGCUGCGCCUUGUUGGUAAACACGAAUCCGACCCCGCCGGCAAGGACUCCCUCUGGUGCAUUGAUGCACCCGUUUCAGUGGUGUAACGGGUGUUUCUGUGGUCUGGGACUGGUUUACUCCAACAAGUCGUGCACCAUGCCGCCCAUCACCUUCCAGGACCUUCCACUCAACAUCUACAUGGUCAUCUUUGGGACUGGGAUCUUUGUUUUUAUCCUGAGCCUCAUCUUCUGCUGUUACUUCAUCAGCAAACUACGACAUCAAGCCCAGAGUGAACGCUUUGGAUACAGAGAGGUGGUUUUAAAAGGAGACCCCAAAAAGUUGAAUCUUCACGGGCAGACGUGUGCCGUGUGUCUGGAGGACUUCAAAGUGAAAGAUGAGCUGGGGGUGUUGCCAUGCCAACAUGCUUUCCACAGAAAGUGUCUGGUAAAGUGGCUGGAGGUUCGCUGCGUCUGCCCCAUGUGUAACAAACCCAUAGCGGGCCCCCCGGAGCAGCACCACAGCAUAGGGACUCUCCUGGAUGAGCUGGUGUAACCCUUCAUCCUCUCACCAGCCUAAAGGGACCUGAUGGGAUACUUUAGUUAAAACCAGCAGGUUUAAGUUGUCAACCACCAGGAAGAGGGAAACUGUUACGCUGCUGAAAUGCAGCAAAAAAACGCCAACAUGACGACAGUAAGUUGGGGUAACCUAGUUACCACCCAAAGAAGGACUAUAAAGGAUGCUGUUGCCUGGCAACCACCAUCUCAGAGAUGGCAGCAAGACACCUUGUAGUGUCUGAGAGAUUAUCUGAAGACACCCACACAUCACUCCACCACUCUUUUUUUCAUCAUUUCCCUUUUCACCCGCUCUGUCACAUCUUCUCCUGCAGCCCCGAAUGAUGUUAAUGACACCGCCCGCUUAAGUGGAGGAGACGCUACUGUCACGGCGAUGUGUAGAAGUGAGUGUUGAAGGAUGACAGCAGGAGACACUGAGCAUGAAUGAGUGUUGUGUUGUGGUGGUUGUUUGCUGAGGGUAUUUAAACCGUUGUUAAAACCCCUGUGAGGAGGUUUUAUCUGGUCGUGAUACAGAAUGAAAUUAAUACUGAUGCCUCUUUAUGACAUACAAAAGCAAACUAAACCAUCAGCAUGAAGGCUGAUCAUUUCUAAAUAGCUAUUUUUAAUCCACUGCCACGAGGUGUAGGUGUCAGACAAGAUGAUUUACAGCACGAUGAAGAAACAGCCUUUUUUACAUUUUCCACAGCAAAUGUAAACGAGUGAUAGAUUGGACCUUUAGAAAGACAGCAGGGUGGGAGUUUUCUAAAAGCACUAUUCAUGCAUGUAUGGGAAGAAAUUAGCAAAGAAGUUAACGCUUUGACAACAGGCGGCGCCAAAACCAACACAAAGUGAAGGUUCCUGCUAUGAGCUUAAAAGUCCAUGUGAGGAGUUGUGAUUUUGAAACAGAAUGAAAUACUGCCUGAAUAGUUCUCACAGGAGCUGUAAAGAGAGAUAGAGCCAUAGAGAUGAAGUGAUGUUUACAGAAGGUUCUCUUCUAACACUAACAUAACAGGUGAAAUAAGAGUUAAACAGAUAUAUCUGGAACUGUCUGCAAACAAAUCCAUGUAGAGUGUAAUUAAAAGAAUGUCAAAGACAGCUUGGAUUUAAAAAGCUUUAAGGACACAUUUUUGAAAGAUUCGGCCUUUAAAUUUAAUAAAUAUCACACUGGUUCAAAAUGUAAGACAAGGUGGAUUUCUGGUCAUAAGUUUGACCUGAUUAUUCAGAUUCUCACUAUAACUGGAGGUAAUGUGUAGCAAAUAAAUCAGUGCGGCCAUCCUGUUGAUUUUCUGCUGAUGUGUUCUGAUGGAGGUGUGAGAUGUAUUUCUACAAAGAUACCAUGUAAGACUUACUUUCCACAGGGAUGUUUUAUUGUUCAGACAUGUUUGUAUUGUGUUCAUAUAGAUGGAAGGAAUCAACACAUCCUGCCUCUAGCUGUAACUGUUUGGUUCUUUGUUUAAGUAUGUUGAAGAUUUUUUAAGAUAUUGCACUUUGAAUUUGUAAAAAAAAAAAAAGGGUCCCUUGUUUUCAGGUGUGGUGAGUGUUUUAUAUUAAAAAAAAGUAUGUGAAGAAUCAGAGAUGCUGCAUCAUCUGAGGAUAAGGGAAGCAGCCGUACAAAGUCAGUGUUGUUCUGUGAAUUCAUCUUGGAAGCAGCCAAACCUCACUUUCAUACUCGCCAUUUUUGUGGUAUAAUUGCAAUUGAUUCUGUUUUUAAUUCCUCAGUAGUGAAAAGCGAAACACUGCCUAAAGUGAGCACAAAUUCACAAGCACAUUGUUGUAUUUUAAAAACACCACAAACUCACGAACACACACACACGCACAUACAGGUGACACCGUUGGAAUCACAUGAGUUCAUGUGCCAAACAAAAAAAGGGAAAACACGUAUCUUCUGUUUCAUUUUCAACACAAAACCAAGUUAACUUUGAUUCUGGCCACAUUCCACAUUUUGUAAUCCAACAGAUGUAAAUAACUUGAAAAGAAUAAUAAAUGCAGUUGUCUGUUUUGCUCAGA